GUGAACACUAGACAGUAUGCGGUUCACGAGCCAUUGAUAUGAACUUAAAUUCAUAUUCACAUUCUUCUCUCUUUAGCUUUUGAAUAGUACGGAUUCAUCCAUCACAUCAAAAUGGUUGCCCAAAAGAAACAGAAAAAAGCUUUGGAAUCCACCAAUGCCCGUUUGGCUUUGGUUAUGAAAUCCGGCAAAUUUUGCUUGGGCUACAAACAAACCUUGAAGACAUUGCGUCAAGGCAAAGCAAAAUUGAUCAUCAUCGCCAACAACACACCACCGCUCAGAAAAUCUGAAAUCGAAUACUACGCUAUGUUGGCCAAGACCGGUGUUCACCACUACAGUGGCAAUAAUAUCGAAUUGGGAACUGCAUGUGGUAAAUACUUCCGUGUUUGUACCAUGUCAAUUACUGAUCCAGGAGACAGUGACAUCAUCCGAACAAUGGAAGUAAAUGUAUAAUGAGAUAUGUUGGUUUGAUUAAUAAUGGGCAAAUACAAAAAUAAAUUUCAUUGUUUUUUCAAACAGAAUAAAACCAAAA